CAAAAGUUUUGCCUUGUAUAAAGUUUUGCCUUGUAUAAAUUUUUUCUCUCUCUGGUUUAUCCGUUAUUGCAUACAGUACACCACACCGCUCCUUCUCAAAAGGAGCCUCGCCCCCGUGCGAAAAGCAGCGGCCCUCUUAUUUUUCUGGAUUUCUGAGGCUUCAAUUUUAAGCAGACAUUCUCUCUCUGGAGUCCUUAUUUACUCAAUUUAUUGCUGAAUGGGUCAGUUACCCGUUUGGUGAUGUUUCUCCUUGGAUUAUUGUCUGAUGAAUUCUGUUAGUCGAGUUUUGAUGGGUGGGAACUCAAACUAGAGACGAUGGCAUUGUUAACCCACCCGACACAGGGUUCUUGUGCAGCAUCUUCCUUGAGACUUAAACCAUGGACCAAAGCAGUAAAAGCAAAGCCUACUUUAUCUUUUUGUAGGAUUGGGAGAAUUGAUAGGUGCAAUUUGCCAAAGAAUCGUCUUCAUCUAAGCAUUGGAUCUCAACCCAUUGUUUUGUCCCAAAGGAAACCUUUGAGGAUUACUGCUUUUAAAGGUGGUGCUCAUAGUGACUCAGAUGGAGAUGAUGACCCAAAUCCCUCUAAAGCCUCCAUUCGACUCUCGUAUGCAUCAAAAGUGAGAGAAGAUGUAAUAGAAGCUUCCCAGGAUGUUUCAGACAUACUUUGGAGAUGGUUGAUGAUGUUACGUGCACCGACAUUCAACCAGAAAAGUGAUUGUAUUACUCAAGAGGUGCCAGCUCGAGAUGAACAACCUUCGAAAAAAAAGCCCAUAAGUCUACAAUAUAAAGUAGGAAGGCUUUCCAAGGCCAUGUUGGUUAGCUUUCUCAGUUUGGAUGCCACAAUAAAAUUUCCAGUUGCCGUAUUCGUACCACUGUACCUGCUGAUCCACACAAUGUAUGGUGCCGAAGUGACGAAGGAGCUGAUACCUCUGUGGCUUCUUGGUCCCCUUAUUGUGGCCCUCUACAUAAAGAUGAUCAGGGGAAUCUUCUCUCUCUAUGUUUUUACCAUCAAGCAGGUGAUAUCCCUGGCGAAAAGGCUACCAUCUUUCUGCGAACUCGCAUACAUCUACGUAACACAAGGCAAAGUGAAAGCAUAUCUAGGAGCUUCGUUUGUUCAGCCUUUGGUUUACCUGAAGACCAUGGAUUACAAGGAAACCAUGAAGAGAAAAUGGAAACAGUUUCUGGAAUGGGCACUGGAAAUAUAUCUGGAUUUUGUGGAAUCCAUAUGGCCUUUCUAUUGCAGAACUAUAAGGUUCCUAAAAAGAGCUAAUUUAAUUUAGACCCAAACGUCAGAAAGAGGUAAAAGGGGAUUUUUUGAAUGGAAGUCAGGGAAACCAGUCUUUCUGUAAGGUUUUGUCGUGGGCAGGAUCGUCGGCAAAGUUUGUAGUAGUGCAUUAGUUUUUGUGACAGCUUUGUCGGCAUCUCAGAGGUGACAAUCUCUCUCUAGCAUAAGAAUUGUUCUUUGUUGGAGGAAUGGGAAUAUGGUGGCAAGCCAUUGGGACUAAAUGAAAAUUUAUUGGGGAUGUACGUAUUACAAGAGAUCGAUGUUUAGGCAUUUUGGAUGCUUGUAAGGAGUCAAAAAUGCUAUUUUCGGCUCUUUUUAACUUUUUCCAGUACUUUCCCUUGAUUACUUGCAUAAAGGCCUGUAACUGAACUAUUUUUGAGAUUAUUUGUAUGCAUUUAUUAAUUCAUGCGCAGCCCA